AUGAAAGUAAUCUCGCUAGUACAGCAUUGGACCCCCACACCUCGUUUCUCGCUUGUUUCUUGCGUUCCAAAACGGCAAUUUCCCGAGGUUAUUGUAAGGAAACCAUCACCCGCUGUGUGUUACAGGAAGAUGAAGAGUUCGGAAGAUGGGAAUUCUGCGCAUCUGAGUGCAAAAGGAAGUGUGCCCUUGAACGGAGACGCGGUCGAUGUGGACUUUUCCUUUUCGGGUGGCCAUCAGGGAUCUGCGUUUAUUGAGAUACGAGCUGUAAAUGCGGAGAAGAAAGUGGACCUGUGGACCAAGUUGAACGAGGAGGACUUCAGCAAUAUUGCGGGAAACGGUUGCUCGCUCGAGCGGUUCUCAGCCGAGAUUUUCUCACUGCUGAACUCGCGAGGAAGUGGGUCUAGACGCCUGGAACUGACGACAACAUCGGAUCCUGGCACUGUUGGUGUUGGUCUCGCUUUGAUUCACGUGAACGGAGUUUGGGAGGCCGAAGAACUCGUAAUCCCGCUGGCGGACACCCCGGCGAACGUGAAGCUGGCCCACGCCUGGUCCCUGCUCGUGCGCAAAGCCGCGGAAAGUGAUGCCCUGGCCCGACGCAUCGACGCCCGGGAGCGGGAACUUGAGUCCCUGUGCCCGGAGACGCGGAGUUUGAUUGCUUUGCGGGAAUCUGUGGAUCUGCUCAAGGGCCAGGUGUCGUCGGAUCGGUCGACGUUGGCCGUGUCUGCCGUCGACGAUGUUGAGGACGACGAGCUGGCCGAGUUGCAGAAGGCCAUUGAGGAUUGCCGGUGUCGGCGAGAGGAGAGCGAGCUGAAGAUUAAAGCAUUGGAUAAUUUGGCGCAUUCCCUGAGUGCAGCUUGUGGCCCGUUGGUUGAGGAGAAGAAGUUGUUGGAGGCCAAGGCGAGAGCCGACGACACAGUCAAUCGUGUCCAGCGGAGGGAAGACGGGCUGAAGGAACUUCGAGGAAAGCGAGACCGGGCCCGAUUCGAGGCGGCGAGGAUCCGAGAACGAGUGCAGGCGAGCAAGCGCAGAGUACAUCAUGGACUCUUGCCGGGCCAUCGGGCCAAAACUGAGGCACUGGCCGAUUCGUCGCGUCGAAUGGCGGUGCUCGAGUUGAAGAUCAAGCGUCGCGAACAAGUGGGCUCGAGGGUGGCCCGGGAGCUGAUGGCGGAGACACUGGAAAUGGCGGCGUGGGAGCAGCGGAGGGCGGACUUGGAGAGGCUGAACGCGUGGCUCGGGGCCCGAAUGCAGGACGAGAAGGCCAGGUUGGAACGGCAAGUGUCUGAGUUGCGACUCGCCAAGGAAAGUAUCGCAGUAGCGUCAGAAAUGGCGGAAAGCUUGGCCAAAGCCUCAGAAUUUGAGUAUCAGUUGGAAGACUCAUUCCUCCACUGGUUCUUUUCGCCAGUCAUGACCGAGAAAUGUGUUCGCAUUAUGCUCGUGGACUUUGAUGUAUUUCAUGUGGAUUGUAUGAAGACGGUGAUCAGCAAAGUGCUUGGCUACGGGAUCAUCCUUGGGUCGAUUGCUGGUGAGUCGAUGAGCUUGGGACGUUACUUUGAUGAGAAAAUGCUUCACGUGUGUGUCGAUUUCCCCAGUGAAAAUCCCGCAGAUCGUCAAGUUGUUCAGGGGAAAGAGCGGAGCCGGGAUUUCCGUGACGUCCGUGUCACUCGAAUUACUGGCCAUCACGUUCAACGCAGUUUACAGCUAUGUCCGAAGUUAUCCGUUCAGGUGGGUCCCUUGAGAAUGAAUGAUGACAAUGACGACGACGACGACUUCACAUGGGGGGAAGGAGCUUCUUUGGCGCUGCAGACUUCCAUCAUUGGCGCACUGGUGCUGUUUUAUGAAGUGGGCCCCAAGUUCGGAGGCCUGUAUUUGAUUGUCUACAGCUUGCUGACUUCGUUUUUGGUCAGCCCCGUCGUGCCUGUGGAUGUCCUUUGGUUCCUCAACUGUCUCACCAUACCAUUCGUGGUGUUUGGAAAGUCGAUUCAAGCGUACACGAAUUACCGCAACGGACACACGGGACAGUUGAGCAUCAUCACCGUUUCCCUACUCUUCUUGGGGGCCGUGGCUCGGAUUUUUACGUCGUUGCACGAAACCGGGGACUUGGUCCUGGUGUCAAUCUAUUGCACGUCCACGCUGAUGACGAACCCCAAGGGCUACCGGCGCGGUACGCGCUACAUGUUCUCGCGGGACUUUCGCAAGAAGGGCUACAUCCCGCUGUCGACGUACAUGAAAGUGUACAAGGUUGGCGACAUUGUGGACAUCAAGGGCUGCGGCGCAGUGACGAAGGGAAUGCCGCACAAGUCGUACCACGGCAAGACGGGUCGUGUGUUCAACGUGACGCAACAUGCCCUUGGGGUGAUUGUGAACAAGCGAGUGCGUGGCAAGGUUUUGCCGAAACGAAUCAACGUUAGGAUCGAGCACGUGAAGCACUCGCAGUGUCGCAAGGACUUUCUCGAGCGUGUCAAGAGCAACGAGGCCAAGAAGCGCGAGGCGCGAGAAAAGGGAAUCCGUGUGCAACUAAAGCGACAGCCGGUUGGUCCUCGGCCUGGACACUUUGUUUCUACAAAGGAUAAUACGCCAGAGCUUGUGCAACCGAUCCCGUACGAGUUCAUCGCUUGAAGUGAUUUCGCGCGUGCGACGGAGUUGGAGCGUUGGCUUCUUGAAAUGGCAGUAAAAGGCUCCUCUCCCGCUUAUUGCGAAUCCCUCGUUUGGUUGUCUCGAUUCAUUUAUGUGCAGUAGAGCUGCCUUGUAUUUUGUAGUGUGUGUUCAUCGUUGCCUCGCUUGUCUCUCUUUCCACCUUCAGGAUCGACGUGUAAUGUUGAUUGACGGACGAGAAAACUUGGAGGUGUCGAUUCUAUUUAUUUUGGUUUAAUUUUUUUCCUAGCGAAGCUGGAAUUGUGAGAUUGGACAAGUGUUGACUUUUCGUCGUGAAAUGAGAACGAAGGGUUCCGGGCUUUUGAUUUCCCUCGGAGCUGAAGGUGAUGCAGGUUCGCUUGAAUGCCAAGUUGCAACAGCGGAUACACCGCUUAGGCCGGCUGGCUAGCGAAUAAUACCAGCUUCAUCUGCUGGUUAUUGUCGGGGAAUUUCCUUUUUUUUUGCACGUUACUUCGUGAAAGUGCGUAUGCGUGUAUGAAAUCGAUUUUUGUCCAAAAUGAACCGCGUCGAUUGCAGUACAGUCGUGCAGCAGUGAACUUCAGUAGGAGUAUUAGUGCAGGGUGGGUUGCCGUGAUUCAGACGAGGCUAGGGCAAUCAUUCAAAUCUUCCUC